AUGUCUGACGAGUAUAUGAUCAAGCCUGAGAAUGUGGCCCCCACCACGGACGCCAGCGAGUGGCCAUUGUUGUUGAAAAACUACGACAAGCUUUUGGUUAGAAGCGGACACUACACGCCUAUUCCUAACGGUUCUUCACCUCACAAGAGAGACUUGAAGUCGUACGUGAGCUCUGGUGUGAUCAACUUGGACAAACCAUCGAACCCAUCUUCGCACGAAGUCGUGGCAUGGAUCAAAAGAAUUCUACGUUGUGAAAAAACUGGCCACUCCGGUACUCUAGAUCCUAAAGUUACUGGGUGUCUAAUUGUUUGUGUAGACAGAGCCACCAGGCUUGUUAAGUCUCAGCAAGGUGCUGGUAAAGAGUACGUGUGUAUUGUUAGACUUCACGAUGCCCUAAAGGAUGACAAAGAGCUUGGUAGAGGGCUCGAAAACUUAACAGGUGCUUUGUUUCAAAGACCACCAUUGAUUUCCGCUGUCAAGCGUCAGUUGCGUGUGCGUACCAUCUACGACUCCAAAUUGAUCGAAUUUGACACUAAGAGAAACCUCGGUGUGUUCUGGGCCUCUUGUGAGGCCGGUACUUACAUGCGUACCUUGUGUGUUCACUUGGGUAUGUUGCUUGGAGUCGGUGGCCACAUGCAAGAACUACGUCGUGUGAGAUCUGGUGCCAUGUCCGAAAACGACGAACUCGUCACUCUACAUGACGUUAUGGACGCUCAGUGGGUCUACGACAACACCAGAGACGAGACAUAUCUCAGAAAGAUUAUCAAGCCUUUGGAAACCUUGUUGGUCGGCUACAAGAGAAUCGUGGUUAAGGAUUCUGCUGUCAAUGCUGUUUGUUACGGUGCUAAAUUGAUGAUUCCCGGUUUACUUCGUUACGAAGAAGGCAUUGAGCUCUACGACGAAGUUGUCUUGAUGACUACCAAGGGUGAAGCAAUUGCAAUCGCCAUUGCCCAAAUGUCCACUGUCGACUUGGCAACUUGUGACCACGGUGUCGUAGCCAAGGUCAAACGUUGCAUCAUGGAGAGAGACCUAUACCCAAGAAGAUGGGGCCUAGGACCCGUCGCUCAAAAGAAAAAGCAAAUGAAGGCCGACGGCAAGCUAGACAAGUAUGGCAGAGCUAACGAGGAAACUCCUGAGGAAUGGAAAAAGAGCUACGUAUCUCUAGAGACCGAACCAUCAGCACCUGCUUCUUCUACGGUUACUGAAACUACUACGGUCGUUACUUCCGAAUCUACACCUGUGGAAGAAGUCAAAGAAGUCAAAGUCGAAUCUAUUGUGAACGAGGCCGACGACGAUGAGGAAGACAAAUCCGAGAAGAAAGAGAAGAAAGAAAAGAAGGAUAAGAAAGACAAGAAGGAGAAGAAGGAGAAGAAGGAAAAGAAGGAAAAGAAGAGAAAGGCCGACGGCGAUGAAUCUUCUGAGAAGAAAAAGAAGAAGUCGAAGAAAUAA